AUGUCUUGUGUCCCAACACCGCAACCCUUGAAUGAGGUAGAGCUGCUGGUACAGGAGCUGCAGCUACGCAUGACGCGAACCGUCGAGGCCAGUCCUCGCCUGUACGCAGCCCAAAUGGAGCCGCGUGUCCUCUAUGCGAUACUGGCGGAGUUUUUCGAGACGCAACUCAAGCAGGCGCGACGGGCGAAAGAUGUGGCACUUGAAGCAGUGGACGUGCGGCGGGUGUGGGCCUUCUGCUUAGAGGAGCUAGCGCUCUCGUGCGCGACGCAUGACACGAGCGCUGCCACCUUGUCGAGUGCACUGUCGCACGCCAAUGCUCCUGCACAGACGCUCUACGACUUUGUCCACGACGCACCGUCUCUACCGCUUGAGGCUCUGCAGCGCGGUGCCCCAGUUGUGGAUGUGAAUUCCGUUGCCCGUGCGCCGUCUGCCGCCGUUACGUCGUCCUCGCCGUGCACAGCGAGGAGCGAAGCGAGUCGCACCUCCGUCUUCUCUGUCGUCCGCUCAGGCUUUGCGGGACUGAUGGACUUGGCGUACGUGGCCGACCAACGCCUGCAGCGCCCCUCGUCAUCGGGAGCAAUCUCGGUGGUGUCACUGGCCGCCCUUGCCGCUUCCCUCGUCCCGACACUGGAUCGAGUGCAAGCAGUGCGGUUAACAGCGCAGAUCGCGGAUGACGUCGUCGAGAGUCGCAUCACUUCGAGUGACGGGUCAGCCAUGCUACCGCACUCGAGGUCCGCUGUGGCGACACUCUUGGCUGGUGUGUGGCACAUCUGGGGCGUGCUGGACGCCGCGCACUCGCCGACACUCCACUCGCUGGGAGAGGAGCUCUUUCAGCGGUUUGCCACCCCCGCGCAUGACCGGAUGGGGCCUACCGCAUCGCCGGUGUCCUUCGUCGCCUGGUUGCAACGUGCCCUGCGGGAAAACAACGGUGCUGUGCAUCAGCAGCUGUACGCAGAUGCCGAGAGGAGUACGCCACCAGCGAAAACAAAUGCUGGAGAAGCCGAUGCUGUUGUCCCACACGUGACGGAAGACCAUGACACAGCGGCAGUGACGGAGGACAUUGCUGCUGUCUCGGACUUCUGGGCACAGAUUGCAAGCUAA